AUGAGCCUGGUCUGUAAAAUUUCUCUUACAGGAAAAGUAUAUUUCUGCUACCAUUGCUAUCUAAACGCUGUCGUUGCGGUUUACAAAGUAAGUAAAAACUGUUGUUAUGGGCCGGGUCUUACGGGCCCAAAUCUGUUGAAACGUUGUCGUUUGGAUCUCUGCCUCGAGUUUCCUUCUCCGUCUUCCAAAUUCCAGUUAUCUUCUUCCGUCCAAUCUGCCAUCGGAGCUACCUGUCGUCGUUGUUCCUCGCCGCCUCACUGCAAAUCUCUGCCUCCGUCGUAUAAACAUCUAAGCAGGAAGCUUCCAUUACAUGCGGAAAACGUCAUGGACGCGAACAAUACCUUCGAUUCUGAUCUGAUUCACGCCAUUUUCAAGCACAUUUGGGCCCGAAGAUUUCGAGAAAGGGAGAGAAGCGAUGCCAUUGAUGCUGCUGCUGAAGCUGAGGUUGAUAUGGGAGCAUCGAAGAAAAACAGACUUGCUUCUGCGAAAUCUGAAGCUCUGAAACUCAGCUGUGAGCUUCUCAAGAGUUUUGUCUCAGAGGCUGUGCAGCGCGCUGCAAUCAUUGCUGAAGCUGAGGGAAUGGACAAGAUUGAAGCUUCUCAUUUGGAGAGGAUUCUUCCACAGCUUCUUUUAGACUUUUAA